AUGGCGGCCAGCAGUCCAACCAACAACACCAUCAUAUUUGUUCUUGUGGGUCUACCUAACACUCCCCAGCUUCGCUGCGUGUCCUUUGUGGCCUUCUUGAGUAUUUACCUGAUGACGCUGAUUGGUAAUUUGACCAUCCUCACAGCCAUUGUCUCAGAUGCCCGUCUUCAUACACCCAUGUACUUUUUCUUGGCCAACCUUUCUUCACUAGAGAUGUGCUACACAACCGUCACUCUACCCAAUAUCCUCAACAACAUAGUAAGACGAAGUAACCUGAUUUCCUUCCAGGCCUGUAUCUGUCAGGUUUAUCUUUUCACAUUUUGUGCCACUGUUGAGUGUGUCCUACUUGCCAUCAUGGCCUACGAUAGGUAUGUCGCCAUCUGUAUACCAUUACGAUACAGGAUUAUCAUGAACCAAGCCAUAUGUCUUAAACUGGCAUCUACCACAUGGAUCACUGGCAUCUUGCAUGCCUUCAUUCAGUCCCUGCCAACAUCUCUUCUUCGUUACUGUGGUCUCAACAAGGUUGACCGACUCUACUGUGAGGUCCAACCCCUACUACAGUUGUCUUGUAGUGACACAACCCUCAACAAGAUGCUGAUCACUGUUUCUGCUUCUUUAUUUGGGAUUGGGUUCAUGACUUUUAUUUUGGUGACCUAUAUCUUCAUAGUUUUAGCCAUUCUCCGAAUUCCGUCGUUAUCUGGAAGAUUAAAGGCCUUUUCCACCUGUAGCUCCCACAUCACGGUGGUCAUCAUGUAUUAUGGAGCCCUCAUCUUCAUGUACUUAAGGCCAACGUCUAGUGAUUCUGGGAGAAUCGAUAGUGUUAUCUCUGCUAUGUACUGCAUGGCCAUCCCUGUCUUGAACCCCAUUAUCUACAGCCUGAGGAACAAAGAUGUGAAACGUUCUAUAAGAAUAUUUUUUGCAUUGAAGAGGUUCACUUUAGGGAAGUGA